AUGUCUGCUAAAGCUAUCAAAGGAACCAUCUUGUGUUUGCACGGAUACGCCCAAAACGGUCCAACUUUCUCCGCUAAGGCCUCCGGAAUCAGAAAGGCUUUGAAGAAAAUUGGUUACCACACCGUUUUCGUGCAGGGAUCAUUGCAAAUUAAAAAGGCUGAUUUGCCUUUCGAGGUUCCUCCAAGCGAAAACGGCGAAGAAUCCGAUUUUGACUAUCGUGGAUGGUGGCAACCUACUGAUGAUUACGAGCUCCAACCGGCUUUGGAUGCAGUUAAAGGUUACUACAAAGAGCAUGGUCCGUUCGUCGGAAUCUUAGGUUUCUCCCAGGGUGCCGGAUUGGCAGCUGUGGUAUGCAACAACUAUGCUGAGAUUGUUGGAGAACCAAAGGCUGCCGAAGAGCUCAAGUUCGGUAUCUUUUACUCUUCGUUCGUCCUCAAGCCACAGCAAUACCAGAAAUACUACGACCAGAAGAUCAAGAUCCCAACCUUGCACAUCUUUGGUGAACUCGACACUGUUGUUGUUCCAGAGAGAUGUGAGGCUCUUGUCGAGAAAUGCGAAAACCCUACAAUUUUGAAACACCCUGGAGGACAUUUUGUUCCAAACACCAAGGAUUUGAUCAAAAAGGAAAUCGCGUGGGUUGAGAGUGUCACCUCUGAGGUUGAGGAAAAGAAAGAAGAGCAAGCAGAGAAGCAAGAGACCGAAGCCACUAAGGAACUUGAGGACCAGAUUGGCAAGCUGGGAAUUGUUUGA